AUGGCCGAAGUCCACCCCAACAACGACCCUCCAGCACCAUCAACACACGACACUCCCGCCUCACACUCCGCCCACCCUCUCCCCUACCCAUUCACAACCACCACACCCCCACCAACGCUGAUAGCCCAAGGCGCCGAAGCCCUGCUGUACCGCACCUGCUACCUUGACCCCUCCAGACCCGCGGCCCUGAAAGUGCGCCCCAGCAAAAAAUACCGGCACCGCAUCCUCGACGAGCGCCUCACCAAGCAGCGCGUGCUCGCGGAGGCGCGCGUGCUGGUCAAACUCGGCGGCGUGGCUGACAGAGAGGGCUGGGCUGUGCCGGCGGUGUGGGGAGUAGAGUGGGAUGUUGGGCGGAAGGUGAGGGGGCUGCCAAGGGAGAUUAGGCCUGUGGGGCAGACGGGUGCGGGGACUAUGGAGGGAGAGGAGGUCGCGGAGGAGAGUGGCGAGAGCAAUGGGAAAGGGGCGUGGUUGCUGAUGGAGUGGGUGGAGGGGAAGACGGUUAAGGAGUUGGUGAGGGAGUGGGAUGCGUGGUGGCGGGGGAAGGGGCUGACAGCACAGGAGAAGGCCGAGGGUGAGGAGGAGAUGAAGGGCUUGUUGAGGAGGAUGGGAAGGGCAGUGGCGGGAAUGCAUGCGAGAGGGGGUGUGGUGCAUGGGGACCUGACGAGCAGUAAUAUCAUCAUUCGGCGGGUGGGUGCUACGGCGGAUGGAGGGGGCCAAGUCGAGCAGGCAAAUGUAGGUGGGAGGCCAAACUUGAGCGGAGAGGUGGUGCUCAUUGAUUUUGGAUUGGCGACGCAGGCAAUUCAGGAUGAGGACCGGGCGGUGGAUUUGUAUGUGCUUGAGAGGGCGUUUGGGUCGACGCAUCCUCGCCAGGAGCAGUGGUUCGACCAAGAGGUCCUACAGAGCCAAGAGGGGUACAGAGGUGUGUGGAAGGGCGCGCCUAUUGUCCUCAAGCGGCUAGACGAAGUGCGGUUGCGAGGAAGAAAGAGAAGCAUGAUCGGAUGA